ACGAAGACACGAGAAAGUUAUUCAGCCAGGUCCCUGGAUGCCCCGCGGCACUCCGUCCUCGCCCGCCUGCGCACGGCGCCCCCCGAUGGCCGGCAGCUGACCCCGCCCCCUAGGAUGACGGUGAGAGAGCGGCUGCGGGAGAAGAUCUCGGCGGCAUUCUACCGCCAUGGGCUGCUGUGUGCCUCCUAUCCGGUGCCCAUCAUCCUCUUCACCUCCGCCAGUAUCCUCGCCUGCUGUUACCCCCUGCUGCGGCUGCCUCUGCCGGGGACAGGGCCGGUGGAGUUCACCACACGGGUCCGAGAUUACACCGUCCCUUCCCAUGAGCCCCAGGGAGACCUCGGCGAACGGCCUGACUGGUAUCAGGGUCCUCCGGUGGCCUACAUCCAGCAGGUCCUGGUGAAGGCAGCUGUGUCUCCUUGGGACAGUACGCUGGUCCCUGUGGACGUGUUCCGCUCCCCACUGGGCCGCGUAUUCAGCCUGCUGGAGGAGAUCCGCAAUCAUGUACACAACGACGGUUCUGGGGUCAGGAGCUUGGAGGCGCUCUGCCUGCAGGUGACAGACCUGUUGCCGGGGUUACGGCGUAUGCAGACGGUGCUGCCGGAGCACGGUUGUCUGUUGGUCUCCCCCGGCAACUACUGGCAGAACCAGCGGGAACUGUUUGACUCUGACCCCGACCUGCUGAAGACCGUCCACCAGCACGAACCCAAAGGACUGCACACCUCUGCCACACUGAGAGACCUGCUGUUUGGCGUCCCGGGGAAACACACAGGGGUGAGUCUGUACAGCAGGAAGAAGGUGGUCACCUACACCAUCACCAUGGUCCUGGGCAGCUAUGACACCAGGUUCCUGUCUAGCCUGCGGGCGCGUCUCCGCCAGCUGCACCCUUCGGUGAACUGCAGCCUGCGAGACGACCACAUGGUGCACGUGCACUUCAAGGAGGAGAUAGGCGUCGCCGAGCUCAUCCCCCUGGUCACCACCUACAUCAUACUGUUCGCCUACAUCUACUUCUCCACACGUAAGAUUGACAUGGUGAAGUCAAAAUGGGGCUUGGCGCUGGCUGCCGUGGUAACGGUGCUCAGCUCUCUGCUUAUGUCUGUGGGGCUCUGCACCCUGUUCGGCCUGACGCCCACACUCAAUGGAGGUGAGAUCUUCCCCUAUCUGGUGGUGGUGAUAGGGCUGGAGAACGUCCUGGUUCUCACCAAGUCUGUGGUGUCCACCCCUGUUGACCUGGAGGUCAAACUACGCAUCGCUCAGGGCCUUAGUAAUGAGAGCUGGUCUAUCAUGAAGAACAUGGCCACAGAGCUGUGCAUCAUCCUCAUAGGAUAUUUCACCCUGGUGCCUGCUAUCCAGGAGUUCUGUCUGUUUGCUGUGGUGGGGCUGGUGUCUGACUUCUUCCUUCAGAUGUUCUUCUUCACCACAGUCCUUUCCAUUGACAUCCGACGCAUGGAGUUGGCCGAUCUGAACCGGCGUCUUCCAGCCGAGGCUGGGAUGCCACCUCCCAAACCGGGCCCCCUGCGCCCUCGGGAGGCGCCUCCUCCCCCACGGCCCUCGCCCCACACCAUCACCCUGCAGACGCCCGCCUUCAGGAACCUGCGUCUGCCCAAGAGGCUCCGUGUGGUCUACUUCCUGGCCCGCACGCGUCUGGCCCAGCGCUUCAUCAUGGUGGGUACAGUGAUCUGGAUUGGCAUCCUGGCCUACACGGACCCCGCCGGCCUCCGCACCUACCUGGCAACCCAGGUAUCUGAACAGAGCCCCCUGGGGGAGGGCGGGGCCGGGGGUCUGCCCCCCAACCUGGGAGUAGCCCCAGUCUUCCCUGGACCAGGAGGGGACCCCGCCAGCACCCUCAGUGUCCUCCCCGCCCCGGCUGAACCCACCCCGCUUCCAGAGAACCAGUCCCAGGGCCACCAUGGGGCCCCCAGGGAAGGAGUACCCCACCAGGCCCAGCCCCCACCCCUGGUGCCCCAGAUCAGCUGGGGGGCGGAGGAUGAGGAGGGCUGGAGGAGACUGUCUUUCAGACACUGGCCCUUGCUCUUCAGCUACUAUAAUAUUACACUGGCCAAGAGAUACAUCAGCAUCCUGCCUGUCAUCCCCGUCACGCUCCACCUGAGCCCCCGGGAGGCCAUCGAGACGCGUCACCCCCAGGACACACGCCACCCCCCGCCGCCCACCCUCAAAACUAACGACCUGCCCGCAGACCUCACGCUCUACAAGGUAGCAGCUCUGGGCCUGGCAGCAGGGGUUCUGCUGGUGCUGCUGCUAUUCUGUCUCUACCGGGUCCUCUGUCCCCGCAACUACGGCCAGAACGGCGUGGCCCACGGACGCCGUCGCCGCGGUGACCUGCCCUGCGACGACUACGGCUACUCGCCACCCAUCAGCGAAAUCUCCCCCCUGCUGCUGCGUGGACACAGCAUGGAUAUAGAGUGUCUGGCGAGUGAUGGCAUGCUGUUGGCCAGUUGCUGUCUGGCAGGACAGAUCCGUGUGUGGGACGCUCAGACUGGAGACUGCCUCACCGUCAUUCCUAAACAUGGCCUGCGGCGGAGUAGCAGCAGUGGCUGCUGGCAGCAGCGGGAUGGAUGGGACGCUGUGGGUGUGGCCGAACCUGAGAACCUGGGGAGCGGGACAGAACCAGGGGGCGGGGUUUUUGACGAGGACGAGGGUUACCCCCUCAGGCGGCGGAGCACCCCACGCCCGGCCCUCUUUGAGGAUCAACCCGACCUCACUCCCCUCAUCGACACCAACUUUGACUCCCAGCCCCCCUCCCACCUUCUCCUCACCCCGCCCAGGGAUGGCUUUGACUUCGGGGGGCUGGUGGAGAGGGCCUACCUGGAGCACGAGCCUCCCUCGCCGGGCCUCGCUGCCUCCUACCCCUCCCCCUCCCCCUCACCCCCGUCGGGACCCGCUCCCCAGAGGAGACGCAGCCUGGGGUACAUCCAGCCCCCUGCUCCACAGGGCCAGGGAACCCCGGACUGGGAAAGCGCUGUGUGGGCCAUGGAGCUCCGGGGGAACCUCAUCGCUGCUGGGAGGAGCAGCGGCAAACUGGAGCUGUGGGACGCUGUGGAGGGCUCGUUACGCUGCAGUAAUGAAGAUGGCGUCUCAGGGAUCACGGCCCUGGCCUUCCUCAACAACAGGAUCGUGGCGGCCAGACUCAACGGCUCUCUAGACUUCUUCACUGUCGACAUCAACAAGCCUCUGGGCUUACUGCAGUACAGAGGUCCCCCCGGGCGUUGUAACAUGCCACCCUCGCCCUGCUACAGCAGUGAGGAUGUGAUCUCAUGCCAGCUGACGCGCUCGGUGCAGUGUGCCCACCAGAAACCCAUCACAGUGCUUCGAGCCGCUGCCGGCAGAGUGGUCACGGGCAGCCAGGACCACACCGUCAGGGUGUAUCGUCUGGAGGACUCAUGCUGUCUCUUCACCCUCCAGGGCCACUCUGGGGGAAUCACUGCCAUCUAUAUAGACCAGACCAUGGUUCUGGCCAGUGGGGGGCAGGACGGAGCCAUCUGUCUGUGGGAUGUGCUGACGGGCAGCCGGGUGAGCCACGUGUACGGUCACCGCGGCGACGUGACCUCGCUGGUGUGCACCACAUCGUGCGUGAUCAGCAGCGGCCUCGACGACCUCAUCUGCAUCUGGGACCGCAGCACGGGCAUCAAGCUCUACUCCAUACAGCAGGAGGUAGGCUGCGGGGCCAGUCUGGGGGUGAUCUCUGAGUCUCUCCUGGUGACAGGGGGCCAGGGCUGUGUCUCCUUCUGGGACCUGAACUUCGGGGACCUCCUCCAGACGGUCUACCUGGGCCAGAGCAGCGACGGCCAGGGGGUCCGCCAGCUUUUGGUGCUGAACAACGCCGCCAUCGUCUGCGACUUUGGCUCCGAGCUCAGCCUGGUCUACGUGCCCUCUGUGCUGGAGAAGCUGGACUGAGCAGGAGCAGAACUAGGACAGGCGCCACACAGUGGCCUGGAGGAGUAGAUGAAAUGAUCAGUACUGACAAUGGGGAUACAUGCAAACUCAACUCUUUUUGGCUCUUUUCGCUACACUACACUGCAGUUGGACAAUCUUCUUGGAAAGAGUUGACGUGAUUGGCUUAUUUCGAUCGCUAGUACUUUCCCCGAUUAGGUGGGAGGGCAUUUUUAUAGCAAUACAUAACAUUUUUUAUAAAGCUAAUGUCUGGUUGGAGAGACAUGUACAGACGGUCAACCUGCCACAGGGUGAGGUCUGUCUGAACAGAAAGAUGACCCUUGAACUUGUUAGUAGCUCAGGGGGUUUGUAAUAAUAUAAUAAUAUGCCAUUUAGCAAACGCUUUUAUCCAAAGCGACUUACAGUCAUGAUUUGAUGCUUUGUAGCCAAGCAUUGGAUGAUUUGGGGUACACACACCCCAAGGGGUUCCCAUCCAACGAUCAGUCUCUGCACUCUAUGCUGCUGUCAUUGGCGGAGCUGUUUGAUACCCCGCCCAUCCCACCACGCCAGCCAAUCAGUGUAGCGCAGCUCUGGCAGGCUCAUGUCAUGAGGUCUGAGGACCAUUGGGCUAAGCUAAGCAGUUACUAGCAUGUGUAUGUGUGUAUUUUGUGUCCUGGGAAAGAAACAAAGUCCCUUUUUAUGGUGAAAUACUGCUGACAAAAAUCCUUCAUUAUUGUGUGUGUGUGAGAGAUAAUUGGAUACGAUUACUGUAAUGAAAUGCACCUUGAGAGGGGUUUGUUUUUAUGUUUAAAUCUAUUUAUUAGUUUUAAGUAACAAUUUGUUUGAGAAUUGCAUAAUAAUAUAAUGUGGAGAUGUCAUAAAUGUAAGGUUUGAUAUUUUUUUAAACAUUGGUUAUGAUGAGAUUAAUAUUUGUAAUAUGAAUAUUUUGGAACUGAAAAAGGUAAAGGGUUUUCUUGGAGUUGGGGAUUGAGGGGGAGAGGUUCCUUCCCUUACCCCCGCCUCAGGCUCUGAUUUUAGGGCUACUGUUGCUGCAAGAGGACCCAUCUGGUCCAUAAGAGCCCCUUUAGCUGUAAGCGGCUCUAUACCUGUAUACUUUCUGCUUGAAUUUUGGAUUUGCAUCUGAAGUUGUGCUAGCUAUACAUUGGCACACAUUGUUAGAGUUUACAUUGGCUGCCCUCUUCCCGUGUUAACUGUGCCCAGGAGAAAUGUGAGAUCAUUUGAGAUUGUGAAUAUAUUCAAUUGUACUGUUUUACAUUAGUAACGUUAUGUCAUGCUACUCUUGUACAUCUUGUUCUCUGACAAAACGUUCCAUUGAGGAAAUCACGUUACUUUUUAAAUACCUAAAAAAGGCUUCCUAUUGAUAAACAUUAUCUCUGUCCCUAUGUUUUUCCAAUACAAUGAAAAGGUAUCUUAUUUUUUCGGUCUUAUCUCUGUAAUUCUCUGCUUGUGAGUUUGAGAACCCUAUCAGGCAUAAAAGGAGGAUGGGUAGGGCACCAGUAAUAUGGUGAUAAGUCCACCUUAGCCCAUCCAGUCUUUUCAUGUGAGCAAAGGAGUCAGUCGGGCGUCAGACUAGGAAUGAGGAGGAAUUUCAGAUGGUACCCUCUAGGUUGGACCCUCUACUAACUCGACCUUUCUUCCAGCCCGAAAGCUCUGAGUGAAUGUAGCGCUAGCUUGCAGACACACAAUGCAGAGAGAAUGUAGUGGGCUUGACCUUAGACGUUAGCCUACUUGGUUACUUACACCCUCACCAGGUGCACUAGCUGAAUGUAGAUCCGUGAUGCUUGAUAUUGAAAAGCAAAUCCACUCAACUUCAACCUACAGAUAUCAUACAGAAAUGUAACACUAAUUUGUGCACUAACUCUUAACCCUCUCAAAUGCACGUGCUCACACACACACACACACACACACACACACACACACACACACUAGGCACUUUGAAACAUAAUGUAUACACACAUACUGAAAACACCAUGAAAACGUAGAAACGCACACAUCAGACUUGUGAAUGCAGGGGUGGACAGCUUUAGUCCAAGUGUUGCAGUGUCUGCUGGCUUAUCAAUAACAUGAAUUGAAGAAAAAUACAAACCCAGACAGGCACGCCAUCGCUCAAGGACUCAAGUUGUGAACCCGUGUUCUAUUGUAACGGUUCUAAUUUAUUUCGUUUUUUUUAAAUGUAAAUAAUAGGUGAAAAAGCUUUAGAGGAUGUGUAGAUUCACUUAUAAUUAUAUUUUUUUCUUUCUGGGCAAUGUGGGGGGAAUGUUUGUUGAAGGAUAUAAACGGCUGCCUGAGUUGGGCAGUAAAAUAUGGUUGUGAUCCAAGUCCUUAAGCUGCCUUUCCUUAUCUCCUUGCUUGCAAAUAAUGAUACCAUAGUUAUAACAGACAUCUAUCCAAUGUGACAGUUCACACACAUUCAGUCACAGAUUUGAUUUGAAUAUGUGGCCUAUGCAGGAUUUUAACUGCACAACUCUGGUGUUGCGAGCACUAUGCUCCAGGAUGGAACAACAUGUCUUGAACAGGUGUUUUCUAACAUAUUUGUUUUACAGCGAUCUGCCACUAUCAGUAGGGAUGAAAGGAGAAGGGAAGCAUUUAAGAUAAUUGGAACACAGCGCAUGUCCCCUUGAUCUGUUCCCUUUGGUCCUACAAAAGUUGACAGGGGGAAGGAGGUGUAAAUAUUGUUUUUGUGGAAUCAUGGACCUGCUCUGCCCGCCUCCUCCCGAACCACCUCCUCUCGUCGGUUGGUUAUGGUACGCAGACUGUAGUGGAGGUAGCAAAUGUUCUGUACUAUUUUACUAUUUUUAACACAGGAGCAAAACUUUGUACUAAUUUCCAAAUAAAGAGGAUUUGAUACCUUG